CUGCCUCUCUCUCUUAGGUUAAAUAAUCUCUUUCCCUUACAAAGCAAACAUGGAUCACGACGAUCAACAAAGAAAAUACUCUGUUCUCACAAAAGAUGAUCUCAAAGAGAAGAUGAACAAACAAAUCAACGAUCUCUCCGAGAUCUUCUUGCUUUCAAAAGCUGCUGCAACCACACUCCUCAUGAAACACCUGUGGGACUCGCAACGCGUUUCAGAGCUUCUGAGCGAAGACAAGACCAAACUCUUGGUCGGAUCAGGCUUGGAAGUAACCGACGACUCAAACUUCUUCUCCGUGGAGAAAAACCUAGCUAUGCUCACGUUGGAAGGUAGAGAGAUGCACGAGGAGUAUGUUGUUAGAUCUUUCAUCGAGGAUAACAAGGGUUUGAUGAUCAAAAAGUGUCCAUCACCGGAGUGCAGUUACGUCAUUGAGUUUCACCGAGGACUUUAUAUUGACGAGUACACUCUAAACAUUGUGUGUCUCUGUGGUCAUACCUUUUGUGGGAGGUGUAGCUUUGAGUCACAUAGACCUGUGACAUGCAACAACGCUUCUGAUUGGUUGAGAGAGUUGGAGAAGUUAUCAGAGAGGUCACAAAAGUCACUGAGUGUUUCUUGGAUCGAAAGUAACACGAAGCCUUGCCCUCAUUGCAAGUUUCCUUUAGAUAUUGGUACUCGUACAUGGUUGUUCCGGUUUGUGGAUUGUCCCUACUGCAGUGGUCGUUUCUGUUGUUUGUGUAUGCAAACACAUGAAUCUCACAAAACAGAAACAGGAAGAUAUGGCUACUGUGAUGCACCAUCGUUACCACCAGUCAUGAAGGGACCAAAAGUGGUUGUUACGUGUCUGGAUCGAUGGGAGGCGAGUGAUAUCGCAAUGGUGGAAGCUAAGUCCGAGCUAGAAUCUUUCAACGAGUCCAACUUCACGAGCCAAGAGUACAUAAGGAUCAUGAGAGAAGGCUUGAUGCUUAUUGUUCAGUGCAGACAGUUUCUCAAAUGGAGCUGUGUGUACGACCACAUCCACAAUAAGUACGAGGCUUCUAAGAGAGAGUACUUGCGGUUCUUGCAAGACUAUGCCAACACACUUGUGCAGAGUUACUCGGAGACUCUGAAGGAGGAAACUGUGAAAGUGGUCUCUGCGGAUACUUAUGAAGAGACUAGAAGCUCGAGGUGGAAAAUUUCUAAUGCGACGAGUUGUAUUGGUAACUACUUUUUUCACUUUACCAAGACUUUGCAAGAUGGUAUUGAUGACGUGAAGGUGAAGUCUUAUGACAACGUUGGUGGUCCUUAUUGGCUUUGUGAUCGUUGCACUGCUGGGAACAGUUGGUUUGAUGUGAAGUGUAAGAUGUGUUGUGUUAGUGCGACUCCUGUGGAGAAGAAGUUAAGAGAUUUGUCUAUUGACUAGGUUUACUUAAGAGCUUUUGCAUGAAACUCUCUCGCACCUUUUGAGUUUUCUUUGUUUACAGUUUGUGUCUUUUUUUUUUCUUCCCUUGGUUUUGAAAACCUUAAUGUUUAAUAAAUAAAUGGGUUUGCAUCAAUGAAAUCUAAA